UUCUGUCAACGACACUGCUAUAUACUUGAUUAAGACUUAAGACAUGUUAAAUUAGAUUUUUGCAGGUGAAAUGCAGGGUGCAUUUCCACAAAUUUGCGUAGUGUGUGGGAUUUUACAUUGAGCAAUAUUAACAGAGAAGAUAAGAGGAGAAAAUGGCAUGUACAAUUUCGAGUUUUCUGAUGCUGAGUGUGUUGAUUUCGUGGUCUGAAAUUGUUAUUUCGGAUUCUAAAGCAAAUGCGAGUGUCGGUGAUAUUGCACCAGAUACCCCUUGUACAUCGAAGAUGUUACAAGGAUUUACAUCGAACUCGCUUCAGUUGUUGGAGGGUGGUGAUGUUGAGGGGAUAAAGGUUAUGGUGCAUCGUAAUGAACUAACCAACAGCACAACUGACUGGAUGAUAGUCCGGGAUGACAACACACACAACAUUUUCUUCUCUGUUUACCCUUGGAAUCCUAUGGCCAGAUGGGCGUUGUCCGCCUACUUCCACACAAAUGUUGUUUCGAUUUCGGAAAAUCCGAAUAACUGCCUUGGAGACUUUCGAGAAAGUGAUUUUCGCACAAGGGUGAGACAAAUUUUAUUGGAGGACGUAUAUGCACAUGUUUCGAGAUCAUAUUCUCUAUGUUCUGAAGAAUUAACAAAUAUAACAGGAAAGACCAUUCAAAUAUUAAGUUGCUGCAAAUUAAACGAGCAUGGGAGUGUAAAUUGUGAGGAAAUUAAGAGUGAACGAUCAGUAGUCAUUUUUUUCAUUGUUGUUUUCGUGAUAAAACUUUUGUUCGUUGUCUCUAUGGUACGUUUUGUUCCCGAAAGUUUGUACAGAAAACGCCAUUGUUUUAAGGAAUUUGUAUUUUCAAUGAAAGCUCCAUUAGAAAUGGAAAUAACAAAACGUUUUUCGCCUCCGCCAAGCGUUUCCAAAUUAAGAACUGUUGAGUUGGGAACAAAGUAUAAAUUUUGUGGGUUUCAGUAUAGACUUAAAUUUGGAGAAAAUCUGGACAGACUCUCCACCGUGUUAGAAACCAUGGAAAUGAGCAAAACUGAAAACUACAAACUAAGAGCCGUCUGGUUCAAAGUGGACCCGAGUCGUCUGGUGUGUAAAAACAAGGCACCCGUAGGAUUUCUAUCCUUUCUCUACCGUCGGCUAUUUCAGUGUAAAUGCUACGUACAUGGACGCAAACAAAAGGUGCUUGAAAAUUUAGAAGCUUCUGAAGAUAGUGAAUAUGUAUCUCUGCACGGCUGUUGCAAACGCAAAAUCUCAAAGAACAUCUCGUGGGAGUCUCUUGUACGAAACAUGGUGCAAGUCUUUGCAACUAUUUUCGUCUUUUGGAUACCUAUAAUUGUCAUAACAAUAUGCUGGAAUAACGAAGAACGUUUCAUUCGGAAUAAAUUGGAAGCCGCAAAGUUUUACAACUUCACGCCGACUUUGCCAUUUUACUCUCAAAAACUUGUUUCUGUAUCGUUUCUAUACGGCUUUUACAACAUAUACCAGACGUGUUUGGUACUGUGGUUUUUACCGUUGUUGAUGCUUAUAAUCAUGAAAAUAACUACCGAUGAUACUUUCUGGAAGAGAACUGUGUGGAUUUUUGUUCGAAGUUUAGCCUAUGUGAAACAUUUCUCGACCAUCGGAACCAGUUGGGCAACGUCAUUUCUCCUGCAAUCCUUCACCAGCAACGUUCUUACCGACGUGAACGCUGUCAAUGUAUUCGUGUGGAUUAUCGUAAAGCUAGCGUCCGUAGUCAUCAUUUUCUUUUUCCUUCUUUUCUGUAAGCUAUCUUUCGUUAAUCUUUUGCUACAAUUGCUUUGGCGAUUUUCGAGAGAAAUAGUAAGGUGUAUGAAGGAAACGAAUGAUGAAGACAAGCGAAGCGACAUGGAAGAUCUCGUGCAGGAAAAGUCCAAAAACAAUUGUGAAAAAAGCAUCAGAGACCUAUUGAACCUGCCAUCAUUUGAUUCCCAUGGGGCUGCUGCAGAAGAGACCAAUUUCCCGCGGUCCUCGUGUGGUCGUUUGACGUGGUGUUGUUUUUGCCUUGGUUGGUUGGUCUUCAUAAUCUGUGGACUACCGAUCGUUAUUGAUCUGCUAUUUAUCUUUGUUGACACCUUAACCUUCAUUGUAAUCGUCCUGAUAAUCAACAUUCGUCACCUAGCACAGUAUUUGCUGAUUGUAUUUUUUGUUUGCGUGUAUGUGAGCAUGUAUUUUAAACAAGUCGAACAAACUUUUCAGCACUUUAACACCGAACUGCAGAAUUUUCUACUGGAGAGACACACACGACCAUUGAUAAAUAGAAACUUGCUGGAUGACACGACUCCGGACACUAACCGAUGCUACCAAGUGAUCCCGGGCAGAGGUUGUGGCAAGUGUGCCGCCUGUCAUGUAUUCACCUCUAAAAAUGGAAUGCCGAAGUGGAAAGCUCGCCAUCUUGUUCAGUUCGUAGAUGACAAUGGCGAACCUUGCGUCCCUAAGAGUUUCUUUUUUCAGGCUUGCUACAUGAACCACCACGCUUGUCCCGGGUCCCUCUCUAACCAUUUCUAUGAAGCAGCAAUGAAGUCCUUUCUGUGGACAGUCUACAUUAUCGUUUCCAUUUUAUUAGUGAAAAUUACAUAUCCUAGUCUUCCCUGGUGGGGUCAUCUUAUAAUAUUUGCAAUACUAGGGUUACUGCCUAUUAUUUUUACCAAAAAUUACUUUUUUGGUAAAAAACAUGAAAAUAUUGACAAAAAGGACGAUAUUUUCAAACAAAAGGUUGAACAUGUCAUCAGAGAAUAUAAACAGGAAUGGCCAAUCAUCGACCUCGAGGUCUCACGCCGUGCAAAGCUAGACGAUUCCAUUGCGUCACUUCUGGAAGGCAACGAUGACGCCAACAAUGACAGUAAAUGUUGGUUCCAAACACCAAAUAAAACAUGUGUUUGCUUAAACAUUCCCAACCAAAAGCCAAUCAGUGUUGACGAUACAAUACAGACAGAAUCUGCCCCUCCAACACCUGUUAACCGAACCCAAUCGAGAAAUGGGUUGAAUGGAUCCAGAUCAUUACGAGGACAAUGGAGUACAUUUGAAAGCAAUUUCUCCCGACAAAGUUCUAAGUCUUUGCAGACGACUCCCCCACUGUCCCCAAGCAGACGAUCAGCCAGUACAAAGUUCAAAUCGUCGGGCUCGAUGACAGGCUGUCACGAGGAGUCGCUGGAUUCUGUAGACGACAGGCCACCUACCAGGUCAUCGUCUGGUAGACAGAAGAAUGCGAGAGUGCCAUCAGCUGAAAUCAAACAGGAGGGACCAGAGGGCGUCCAUUUCCUCUCCAAGUCAUAUCCUGGGUCGUGUUGUGUCAGUACCAAAGACGACACGAUCAGUAUUGCAAGUACGUUGUCAAAUCAUUCACAUGAUCAACAUCACCAAGAAACGAUCUCCUCCAUAUGGAAAAACAUGAAGUCACUCAACCGAGACAAAAGAGCCACGCAAACACUCGUUGCAGACGUUUGAAUGACGUCAAUGGGGUCUUUCGAAUUUGCACUAUGUUUUGUGUUAGGUUUUUCAGCCAAUUAAAUAAAGAUAAAUAUUUAU